AUGGAGCGAGGUGGGCCCAACGGGAAAUCUGAGAUCCUCAGUGGGCAGCAACAAGCGAAUGCGGAGAAUGGCUGGGUAGAUGUCAUUGGCCACGAGGGAAUCGGUAACCUCCGACGUUGCUUUGUACUAGGUAGUCACCACAUUGUGAAAUCUGAUUACCAGACAGAUACCUGA